GUUUCGGCGGGAUUCCAGAGCAGCAGCCUCCUCACCGCUCUCCCCAGCGCCUUCCUGGACCGGCUCCUCUCGGCCGCGCUCCUGGAGGAUCCCGAAAUCCGAAUUUUUGUCCUGGAAAUUCUCUGCAGCUUCAUCGAUCGCCACGAUUUUUCCCAUUUUUCCGGCUGUUUCUCCCAGGUUUCCGCGGGAUUCCAGAGCAGCAGCCUCCUCACCGCUCUCCCCAGCGCCUUCCUGGACCGGCUCCUCUCGGCCGCGCUCCUGGAGGAUCCCGAAAUUCGAAUUUUUGUCCUGGAAAUUCUCUGCAGCUUCAUCGAUCGCCACGGCAACGGCCCCAGCUUCAGCCCCGCCAGCUCCGUCAGCGACGUCUCCGUGCUGAAGCUGAAGGUGGAGAAAUGUUCCCGCCAGGAUUCCGUCUUCAUGAAGAAGCACGGCCCGCAGCUCUUCCGGCACAUUUUCCUGCUCUCCCGGGAAGGGAACAAUUCCCGGGAACAUUUCCAGGCCCUUUUCCGACUCCUGGCGCUGCUGAGCCUGGAGCUGGCCAGCGAUGACGUCAUCGUCGACCUGGUGCGCCUCGUCCUCGCCCUGCAGGAUCUGGCGCAGGAGGAGCCGCUGCCGUUCUACAACCGCUGCGCGCUGCUGGCGCUCGGAGCCGCCUUCCUGGCGCUGCUGGGAACCCUCCUGGGGAACCCCGGCCUCCGGCUCCACGUCCAGGAGGAUCUGGCGCAGGAGGAGCCGCUGCCGUUCUACAACCGCUGCGCGCUGCUGGCGCUCGGAGCCGCCUUCCUGGCGCUGCUGGGAACCCUCCUGGGGAACCCCGGCCUCCGGCUCCACGUCCAGGAG